AUGACUGGAAGUAACGGGAUCGAUAGUGACCAUACUAAUGGUACCAACGGUCACUCCAACGGCCACACCAACGGUCAUACGAACGGUCAUACGAACGGCCACACUAACGGUCAUACCAAUAGCACGGCCACCCAUACCACAGAGUCGUCAACGCCCCGGUUCGAGCCCAUCGCCAUCUGCGGCAUGGCCUGCCGCCUCCCCGGAGGGGUGAGCUCUCCCAAAGAGCUCUGGUCCUUCCUGCUCUCCGGCCAAGACGGGCGCAUCAUCACCCCGAAGAGCCGCUUCAACAUCGAUGGGUACUACUCAGCGACGAAGCGCGCCGGCACCACCAACACCAAGUACGGAUACUUCCUCGACGAGUCGGUUGACCUGGCCGGGCUGGAUACCUCCAUGUUUUCGAUGAGCCGGAUGGAGGUAGAAUGGCUGGACCCGCAGCAAAGAAUGAUGCUUGAGGUGGCGCGGGAGUGUGUCGAUGACGCCGGGGAGGUCGGCUGGAGAGGCUCCCAGAUCGGAGUCUACAUCGGCUCCUUCGGGCAGGAUUGGUAUGACAUACUCAACAGAGACGGGUUGAGGCAUAGUGUUGUGAGUGUAAUUUCGAGUCACGACUUUAUGAUAUCCGAGAGAAUCUCGCAUGAGAUGGACCUUAAGGGGCCGAGUAUGACCUUAAGAACCGCAUGCUCGUCAGCACUCGUCGGUCUGAACGAGGCGUGCAUGGCUAUCGCCAAAGGUGACUGCGAAUCUGCCAUCGUCGGUGGCUCCAACCUGAUCCUUGCCCCGGAUCUGGUCACCCGCUUAUCCGACCAGGGGAUCCUCAGCCCUGACGGUUCGUGCAAGACUUUCUCCGCCGACGCCAAUGGUUAUGCCCGUGGGGAGGCGAUCGUAUCCGUCUACAUCAAGUCUCUGAGCGCCGCUCUUCGAGACGGCAACCCCAUCCGCUCUGUGAUCACCGGUAGCGCUUCCAACUUUGACGGGCGCACGAAUCCCCUGACGACACCAAGCGCCAUUGCUCAGGAGGCCCUCAUUCGACGCACCUACGAGGUUGCCGGAAUCUCCGACUUUUCUAAGACCGGUCUGUUUGAAUGUCACGGCACGGGCACGGCUACCGGAGACCCCAUUGAAGCUGAAGCGAUUGCGAAGGUCUUUGGAGACCAGGGAGUCUACUUGGGCGCGAUCAAGCCCAAUGUCGGACACUCCGAAGGGGCAUCGGGAUUGACGGCUGUGCUGAAGGCCACCCUGGCGCUAGAGCAUCGGACCAUACCCCCGAAUAUCAAAUACGCGCCCUUGAACCCAAAGAUUCCCUUCGAGCAGGCCAAGCUUCGGAUCCCGAAGCAGCCGACUCCAUGGCCCGCAGGAAGGGCUGAGCGCGUGAGCAUCAACUCCUUUGGAGUGGGCGGAUCUAAUGCCCAUGUGAUUGUGGAAUCUGCGGAUAGCUUCUUCGCCUCGCGCGGUGCAACGGUCACAGCAAAGGUAGAGACAGGCAAUAAGGCACAGCUGUUAGUCUUCUCCGCCAACACCGCCCAGUCACUGAAGGAGAUGGUUGCAGGCUACCAGUCACUGCUGCUUGGCGGUGAAUUAUCCUCGAUCAAUCUCGGCGAUCUAGCGUAUACCCUCGCAACCCGACGAGAACAUCUCCCCCACCGAUCCUUCGCAAUUGCGUCACAGGACAAGUUCGAACUCCCUGUGUCAGUGCCCAUUGCUAGCACCGGCAGUAGUCACACCCCAUCCCUGGUCAUGGUUUUCACUGGUCAGGGAGCGGCCUCGCCUCAAAUGGGCCGGGACCUGCUCCUCUCUGACGAAACAUACGCCAACAGCAUCAAGUCCCUCGACAAGCGUCUGCGCAGCCUUGGCGCCGACUGGUCUCUAGAGGAGGAGCUCUUGAAAUCAACCCGCGCCAGCCGCGUGUACGAGGCCGAAUUCGCUCAGCCCCUGUCGACUGCGCUCCAGAUCGCUCUUGUUGACACACUAGCAGCCGCUGGAGUCAAGCCGUCGGCUGUCGUCGGCCAUUCCAGCGGCGAGAUUGUAGCCGCCUAUGCCGCUGGUGCGCUGUCGGCCCAGGAAGCCAUCGCCGUGGCUUACCAUCGCGGGGCCACUGCUAGAGCCCAAACAGCCCCUGGGGGCAUGGCGGCUGUCGGCCUGGGCUGGGAACACGUGCAGGACUUUCUCACGGAAGGUGUUGUCGCAGCUUGUGACAAUUCACUCAACAGCGUGACGCUCUCUGGGGACGCGGACCAGCUGGAGGUUGUUGUGGCUGAAAUCAAGAAAGCUCACCCAGAUGUCUCAACCACAAUGCUAAAAGUCGGGAAAGCGUACCACUCCCAUCACAUGCUUGCCCUAGGCCCGGACUACCACCGCGCCAUGACUGAGUCCGGGGUACUAGGGACGAACCCCUCGAUUCCUUUCUUCUCCAGCGUGCGGGGCCAGUUAAUGGGAGACACGAAAGCCGACCGGCUUGGCCCGGACUACUGGCAAGCCAACCUGGAGCGGCCGGUG